CUUAUUCCUUUCUCGGUUACCAGGAUGACGAAGCAGUGACUCCGCCUGCUGCAGAAGGCUUUCCUCUGCUAAAUGCCUCCCAGCAUGUCUGCUAGAAAUCUCCAGCCAUCGGGAGCAUCACCUCCUCACCCUUCCACAAGUUUCCACCGCUCCACGCAGACCUUGUCUUCACAGGAAGAAGAUACUGAAGGAGAUGAGGAGAGUUCAGUGGAAGAAUUUUUAUUUCUUCAAGAGUUAGAGAGCCCGGAGGAAUACCAGUACCCGGAGGAGGAGGAAAAUUAUCUGAAAGGAAAGGAGUAUCUGGAUGAAAAGGAGUAUCUGAAGGAGGAAAAGUAUCUACAGAAGAAAGAGCUGCUGGAAGGAAAAAUGUUUCUGUGUGAAAAGUUUCUGGAAGAGGGUGAGUAUCUGGGGCGAACGUCCCAUACAUGGAUACACGCGUGCAUCACACACCUGCUGUGCAAACGCUCUUGGUUGGAAAAACCAGAGACUCACCCAGGAGCAGUCACAGGGCAUGGGAGAAGUCAUCACUUGGGGGCCCAAGACCCCUACCGUGACCAUGAGGAUAGCUCUCCAGAGGCUGGGGAAGCAAACGGGAUGAGCCUCCUGGGAGGGCACAUGCGCUGGAGUGGGGUAGCACAGCCUGGUUGGGACGAGAACUUCGACCAGGCCCCGCCAGCGGGAACCAUAUCUUCUGGUGAACAAAUCAUGGAAUCCAAAGGGCUGGUUGUGACCAGCUCCUAUCAGUCAGUGUUCGGGACCAUGCUCAGAGAAAUGGCGGCUAGCAGUGAACUGGAGGAGGAUAUUAACAUUCCCCUGACCCGUCAUCUGGAGAGAGAGACCAGAAGGAAACUGGGAAUUCUGCUGAAGAAAAAUUUUGGAAAAUAUAAGGAAACAAUCCUCUGGAUUAUGAAGAAACGUGAAAGUAAGAACCCUCUCCCACCUUCCACCCCCGCUGCCCGGCUCUCCUGGGUUGUAGCCAGUCCCAAAGAAAUCCCGCAGCCUCCUUUGAGAUACAAACUCAUUUACUUCCAGGAUCCAGACCACUAUCUGACACCCCCGGCACACAGCCCCACGUCUCUGAACUCUCCGAUUUCCAAGCCAAGGCUGGCGUCGCAGGUACAUCAAGGUGAUGCAAAAAUCAUUCUCUACCCCAGUGAGAUUGUCUUCCAAAUUCUCUUUCCUGAUGGAUCAGGCCAGAUAUAUUAUCCAUCAGGACACCUGGCUAUGCUCAUCCUCAGUAUAAAAGAGGGAAAGUUCACAUACAUCAUUCUGGAAGACAGUGAAAAUAUGUGUGUCCGGGCCCUUAUCAACAACUCUGGCCAUGCCACCUUCUAUGAUGAAAAUGGAAACAUCUGGUUGAACCUGAGCCCAAACCUGGGAUACUACUUCACCAGAGACAAGUACCAGAAGGCCUGGAACUGGUGGGAUCUGAACCUCCACAUCCAUGCACCCCCCGUCCAGCCCAUCUCCUUGAAAAUCAACCAGUACAUCAAGGUACAAAUAAGGAGCCAGGAUAAGAUUAUCUUCCGCUUCAUCCACAAGCAGCAGCACAUUUGCUUAAACCUAGGCACCAAGUACAAGUACAUUACCCCGGCGGUGCUGAGCGAAAUGAAGAAGGAAGCAGUCCUGGAGAUGGAAUUCAGUUCAACGGCUCAGAAGAUCCAGAUCCUUCUAGGGAAAAUGAGGACGAUCCUGAGUACACUGACCACCUCUGAUUUGGAAUGCUUCAUACAGGCGCUCAGCGUGGCGCUGCACAGGUAUGGGCACUUUAUCAUCCGUCAGUGCCUCUCCCUGGUCUUUCUCCUUCCACAAAACCUGAAGACAUGA